AUGGAUACACUUACUUCGCAUUAUAUGGGCAACAGUAGUAGUAGCGGCAGCAGCAGCCAUAGAUCCAAUGAACUGGUGGCUCCAACUGCGAAUCAUCCUCUUCGAUUACCAGACCCAUUUACCAGUAAUAGUAGUAGUAACAACCACAGCCCUGCAGGCUCACAGCAGAAUUCAAGAUCUCCCUCUCCCUCCUCUUGUCCAUUCAGACCUUCUCCAUUAGACCAUCGACCUGAUUUGACUGGCAGACAAACCUGGAGAAGAAGGGAAUCACUGCCCUCCAUUGCUUACAUUACACAACAGACUGAAGAUCUCAUGGUGCGUCGUCAUUCCAUAGCAAAUCGACCUUCUUCCCCUGCUGCUGCUGCUGCUUCAGCUGCUGCUACCACGCUACCAUCCGCAUUUUCGCAGGAAAGACGCCACAGCACCAAUGGAUCUUAUUCUCGGUCCCCAGAACUACGUAUUAGCCACAAGUUGGCAGAACGCAAGAGAAGAAAAGAAAUGAAGGAUUUAUUUGAUGAUUUAAGAGAAUUGCUGCCUAUGGACAAAAGCAUCAAGUCGAGCAAAUGGGAGAUUUUAAGCAAGGCUGUGGAAUACAUUGACCGAUUACGUGAAAAAGAGGUUCGCAGUUUGCAUGAAAAAGAGGAAUUGCAGAGAGAAUUGGCCCAAUUGAAGGCAUCCUCGUCUUUUCACUGA